UCGACAGUCGACACUCGACACACAGCGAGAGCGCUCCACAAAAUAAAAAAACAAACACAACACAAUAUUCGUCUUUGCACACAAAGUUGCGAGUCCAGCAAAAAAUAUAAAUAAACAAAACAAAAACAACAACCAAAACCAUCACCAAUAUGAAAUUCUUAGUCACCAUUGCCGCCCUCUGUCUGUGUCUGGCCUUUGCUGCGGGUCAACAAUACUUUCUGGGUCAAUUUCCAAGCCGUUCACGAUUUGCCUACGAUCCCUUGGCUCUAGCCCAACCCUCAGCCAGCCAAGUGCGUGAUCCACGUCAGAAUAGAGGACCCGUUGUCUUCCCCCCAUCUCCACCAGAUGCAAUUGAGGAGUCCAGUGGUGUGGUAGUUGGUGCCUCUGGCUACGGCUUUGUGCCGCCACAACAAAGUAAUGCGAAUCUAUUUAAACGCACUGCCUAAUGACAGCAAAAACAAAAAACAAUACAAAUAAACCUAGAGAUAGAAGCUAGAUUCAAUCUCAUUCACUCACUCACAUACACAUACAGACACAACCUCAUUCACACAAACACACACACACGCACACAGAGAAAAGCUUUAUUAGUGCAAUAGUAGUAGUGUCUUUUAGUUGUUUGUUAUUAUUGUUGAUAAUAUUAAUCGUUAAAUAAUUGUUUUAACUGUUUUAUACAAAUGUUUCAAUUCACAGGCACAAUCUUUGGUUAGCAAAUCAAAACAAAAUAUAUAGUGAAAUCUCCCUCAAGCCAACAUAAGUCAUUUAAUUAACCAUCGCACAACCUACACCUACACCUACACCUAUACACCCACACACACACACACGCACACCCACAACUCAUCCAAGCAACACAUUUAACCAGCACCGGAAACGGAAAUGCAUCCUUCCUCUGCUCCUCCUCCCCUGCUCACUGCAAAUUAUAGUGCACCCAAGCCGAAUUUUCCCCUCCCCUCCCACUCCCCCUUCCUCUAGCACACCUUUAACAACUUAAUUGUCCAUUAAGCCUAAUUUAGUUUAAUUAGCUUGAAAUAAAA